GAGACAUGGAUGCUGUUAACAAGUGAUUUCAGACUUUACUUAGUUGAUUUGGUGAUUAAAGUCUGGUACAGCUAGUGGUAAAAAUGCCAAGAAAACAGCUAAAGACAUUGUAUCUUGGUGUGACACUAGAUGACCUCAAUAAAAAGGUAGAGGAUGUUAAAGCGCUUGGACUAACCACAAAGAAUGUUAGACAGUGCUGCACGUCCGCCGGCAAGCUGUACGGCGCGGCGGGCAAGGCGGAGCUGGACGGAGACGAGGAGCGCGCCUACGUGCUGCUCAUGAAGUUCGUCGAGGUCGUGAUGGCCAUCACAUCCGUCGCCGAGUACAAAAACAACAAGAAAUAUUACGAUGAUCUGGUGGGCUUGUCAAACCUAAAGUUGGCCAUUGAGCGAUGUGAGAAGCUAUCCAAGAGUUUAACAAAGAGGUAUGAUUUGAAAAUAGCAGAAGAAGAAGCAAGAAACAUCCUGGCAAAGCAGGAGAUGAGAGAAGCAGAAGAGAUUGAAAGGGCAAAGUUUGGAAAGGGCAAUGCUUCCACGUCUGUCGAGAAAUCGGCCAAAAAGUCGCAAACAGCUAAUGACAGCACAGGCGUGCCAGAAGGCUACAUCACAUCGAUGCAGCUAUACAAGAUGUGUCUGGACAAGGUCAGUGAGGUCAUUAUAAUGGACGCGCGACCAGCCACAGACUUUGCAGAGUCACGCAUCGUUCAUAGAUACUGCAUCAGUGUACCAGAGGAGAUUGUAAAACCUGGUGUUACAGUGCAACAAAUACAGAUCGACCUGCCAGAGGAGAGCAAGGAAGCAUGGCUCAUGAGGAGCAAGUCAGAUUUCAUAGUGCUUCUAGACUGGCAGAGCCGACAAGAAGAUGUGAAAUUAGGCAAACCACUUCAAAAUCUGAAGGACGCCAUUUUCAAGUGGGACUCGAUUACCGUGCUGAAAAGUGAACCACUUAUAUUGCUGAGAGGAUACGAAGACUGGCUUCUCCGCUAUCCGACGCUGACCACAAACUCCAACGUCCAGCCACCGAAAACGCUGUUCAAGGGCAGCGAUAACUCACUGCUGUCACUGGACUUCAGUUACCCGGAUCUCGACGAGGCGUUUGUCGCGUCACCGAGCAUCGGCGAGAAUGGCGCUGCUGCCAAACCUCCGCGUAAGACGGACGCGCCGGCUGCCGAACUGACGGCGGACUCGCCGCGCGCGGACCAAGCGGCAACGAGCCUAGUUGAGGAGGGCUCUCCACUGAAAAUCGCGUCCGGCGGCGCCGUUCCCGCCGUGAACAGGUCGCUGAAGCCGAGACUCGACGCGCCGCCGACUCGUGAUUCGCCGGACGCCGCACGAUCAUCCCGGGACUCGGCGAAGCGGCGCUCCGAUCGGGCGAGGAGCGGCGAAGGCGCAGAGGUCGGAGGUCAGCUGCAGGCGCUGGCAGAUCAGAUAGCGAACUUGCGGCUGGAGAAGGAGAACUCGGAUCGCCGGUGGAUGAAAGAGCAGGACCAUCUGGAGCGAAUACGACAGGAUAAAAACAAAACCACAAUGGAGGAGGACAAUAAAAAUCAGCAGGAGGAGCUUGCUCAGAGAAAGCAACAGGAGCAGGAAGCCUACGACAGAGCCAUUCGCGAAAAGCAGGAAGAGGCGGAACAACUAGAGAGAGAUAAGGCUGCUCAAGAGGAAAAGCAAGCACAGGAAGAGAUAAAGAGGUUGGAGAUUGUUAAAGCUCGUAUGUUGGCAGAAGAGCGUGAGCGGGCCCUUGCAAAGGAAAAGGAAGCCAAGGAAUUGAGGGCCAGAGAUGAGAAAGAGAAGCAUCAAGCUGAGUUGCUAGCAGCAGAAUUGACAAGAAAAGCUGAAAUAGCAGAGAGAACAGCUAAGCCAAAGGGUUUGACACUAGAGGACUCUCAAAAGGCAACGCCUAUGAGGAGUUAUGAGCUUCCCCCGUCAUACGAUGUCUACGUAACGAGUCCUGGUCUCCCGUCUGGCUGGGAGAAGGUGCUUGAUAAGCAGACAGGCAGAUACUACUACAGAGACCACAACAAACAUUCCACGCAUUGGCAGCUACCACAGAGUGUUUUGGACACUCCUAAUGAUAUGACCCCAGUGAAGCCAGGCUCGUUCAGGACCCGGCUGAAGGAGGAGCCAGGCAGCCCCUCCUCGCCUAAGCGCAUGUCGAGGUCCAGCUCAUCGCCGAACAUAAGAAAGUUGCUCGAGGAGGAGGAAGAAAAAGAGAAUGCUGUGAAGAUUCCUCAGUUGUCCGCUGUGGAUAAGUCCGUCAAACCGAUGCCAGUAGUGCCUGAUCGAUCACUCAAGCCAUCACCGAUCUCUAAGCCAAUCCUGAUCGAGAUCUCUGCAACACGGCUCAGGAACAUGCAACCAGUUUACGGUAGUGUGGGUCAAGGUUUGACAGGACUUCGUAACCUGGGAAAUUCUUGCUAUAUGAACUCGUCUCUGCAAGGCCUCAGCAACACCACUCCAUUGGUGAAAUACUUCCUCAAUGGGAGUUAUAAGUUUGACAUCAAUAGGGAGAACAAGCUAGGCUAUGGUGGUGAGAUAGCUGAAGAGUUUACUGCUGUCCUGUCUGCCCUAUGGUCUGGUCAGUACAGGUAUAUUGCUCCCAGAGACUUCAAGUAUACUGUCGGACGAUAUGGCCCCUUGUUUGCUGGUAACGAACACCAAGAUUCACAGGAGUUUAUGGCAUUUUUGUUGGACUCCUUGCACGAAGAUGUCAACAAGGUCAGAAAGAGGGUCGUGCUACCCGAACAGGACAACGACGGAGUGACAGACGUGAUGGCAGCUGACAAAGCAUGGCAGAUUCACAAGGUCAUCAAUGAGUCCAUCAUCGUGAGCCUGUUUCAAGGACAGUUCAAGUCCACCGUCGCUUGCUUGACCUGUGAGAAAACGUCUGUGACCUUUGACCCUUUCAUGUACUUAUCGUUGCCACUGCCCUCAGGAAGCCGAUGUCGGUUGCAGGACUGUCUGAGGCUUUUCUUCAAGGAGGAGAAAAUGACUGGGGACUCCAGAUGGUCAUGCCCACGCUGCAAGACGAAACGAGACGCCGUAAAGAGGCUAGAGAUAUGGAGACUGCCACCGAUUCUCAUUGUUCUCCUGAAGAGGUUUUACUAUGAAGGCAUGUUUCGACACAAAAUACAGACAUUUGUCGACUUUCCUAUCAGCGGUUUAAACAUGGCAGACACCAUCCGAGGGCCCAAAAAACGAUCACCAUACUGGCUUUAUGCAGUCUCUAAUCAUUAUGGUUCACUGGAUGGAGGACAUUACACUGCCUAUUGCAAGAACUCGUUCACUGAUAGAUGGUGCAAGUUUGAUGACAGUGAUGUAACUAAAAUGGAUGUAUCAGACAUACGUACGCCGGCGGCAUACAUGCUGUUUUACUCGUCGAUACCGUUCAGCCCACCAGUGGCAUCACAGCUGUAGAAAUUACACCAAACAGUAACUACUUGCAAGACCUUACUCCACUGCUAGCUUAGUUGGCCUUUCGCCUAUUGAAGUCACGUGCAUAAUCAAACUUUCAUGAUGGGACGGUACAGCUAUAACUCAGCCAGGAUGGUGAAUCAAUAAUCUUGUGCAGUUGAACUUUGCUAAUUCGUCAUUUAGUAAAUACCAGCAACUCCCAUAAUUGGACAAUAUUUGUGGUGUAGAAAACGGAAAUGAGCCAUCAUGUUUGAAAAGCACAAACUUGAAUUUGCGAGUGAUAUGCUUUUCUGUGCUUCUUGCAUCUAAAUUGUAUAUGUAAUAAUGCCAAUUUUCAUUACUGCAGCAUGAGUCUGGCCGUGUACGUGUGUGCUGGGCUGGAGAGGUUCAACUGUAAUCACAUUUCCUUUUCUUUUUUACUAUAUCUAUGUUUUGGUGAAAGUGGCUUUGAUUCAUCAAAUAUAUGUCUAUCUGUUUCGUACACAUUUCUAUCGCAAUAGACAAAUGUAACAUAUGGCCAUCAGGGUUCUCCCUACGUUGCGCAAACGGGGCGCGCGCGCCCCGUUUGGGAAAACUCCCCCCUGUUUUAA